UAAUUCGACAGCAGGUUGGUCGGGACGACCUUUUCGGAUUUGCUCAUUCUCAUUUCUGUUGUGUGUAGCAAAUCGAACGGAAUAGGCAUUGAACAAAAAAUUUCUGACACAAAUGGUCUAGAAAAUAAGAAGUCGUGAUUUUUUUUUUAAUUUGUUUAGUGUAGUAGUGGCCAUCUAGAAAAGGAAGCUCAAAAUGGGUAACGAAACGUCAUUACCCAUGGAGAUGUGUUCGAACUUCGACGCAGAUGAAAUUCGACGCCUGGGAAAACGCUUCCGUAAAUUGGAUUUGGAUAAUUCGGGAGCGUUGAGUGUCGAUGAGUUUAUGUCGAUUGCUGAACUACAGCAGAAUCCAUUGGUGCAACGUGUCAUCGAUAUUUUUGAUGCGGAUGGCAAUGGUGAGGUGGAUUUCAAGGAAUUUAUACAAGGCGUCUCGCAGUUUAGCGUUAAAGGCGAUAAAUUGUCCAAGCUUCGAUUCGCAUUUCGUAUCUACGAUAUGGACAACGACGGUUUUAUAUCAAACGGCGAACUAUUUCAGGUGCUGAAAAUGAUGGUCGGCAACAAUCUGAAAGAUACGCAACUUCAACAAAUCGUCGAUAAAACUAUUGUUUUUGCUGAUAAAGAUGAAGAUGGCAAAAUAUCGUUUGAAGAAUUUUGUUCGGUAGUUGGUAAUACUGAUAUCCAUAAGAAGAUGGUUGUUGAUGUUUAAAACCCUCUAAAUAAACAUCCCAUACCAACAAAACAGAAAAUCCACAAAACCAAAUUCAAAACAAAAAAAAAACACAAAUGAAAGCAAAUUAAAACCACACAAUGUAAAGAAAUAUCUGUCUUUUUCACAAUGAAAAAUCCAUUUGAAACAAAAGAGAGGAAACAAAAAAAAAACUUGCAAGCAAAAUUAGCAAAUAAAAAGAGAAUAUAAUAUUUAACCACUUUCUAUACUUUGUUAUAAGUAAAACAACAACAACAACAAUAUAAAUGCGGAGUAAAUAAAUCGCCGUUGUCUCCACCACCUUUCAACAACAUUUUUCUUUUUGGUUCUUCGGAAUUGUGUAAUUUUUAAUCUCGGUAUAAAUAACUAUCGGUAAUUAAGCUUCUCUACUCAUUACGAAAAUUAAAAUGUAAUAAAUGGAAUGACAAAUUAAAAGAAAAACCAAGACACAAAAUUGGAUGGAAAAAACAAAACACGUGCUCUAGUCAGUCGUUCGCAUGCAUAAAUAAAGCUGUUGUUUAUACUUUGUACAGGAACAUCACAUCCGUGUGUGUGUUCCAUUUUAGUCGCAGGCAACAACUAAAAAUGAUAACAACUAGAUUCAAUAAUCGAUCUAUGUUAUUGCCGCACAGCAGAUUUAUAUUCAGUCAAUCGAAAUAAAACUUAUUAAUUUCAAGUUUGUAUCUUUCUUAAUUGAACACAAAAUGAUGAACAUUGAUAACACUCUGAAAAACAACAAUAACACCAUCAAUCUGCAAUGUUUGAGUAUUUAUUUCAAAUUAUAAACAUAUUUCUAUCAUUUUGAAUUGGAGUGCAAAUAAUAAUGAAUUAAUUAAGAGUACUGUAUAAAAUAUAUACAUAUAAAAGAAAAUCUAUGAAUAACGUAAUUGUGUGAAUUUUCAUUCAAAAUGUCCGAAUUUUUUGCUGUCUCGUUUGUUUAAAGAAAAUUUCUCUGUCUGAAAAAAAUAAGUGAUGAAUCUUCUUGUUGUUUGUUUGUGUGUGUGUGUCUCGAAAAUGAAUAUCGAAUUUUGAGAGUGCAAAUGCACAUUUAUCUUUUAACUGAAUUGCUAUGCAAACUCAAUUAGGAUCCAACUGCAACUGUACUUAGUUUUAUAGCAACCAAAAAAUUCAAGUUAGCAGCAAAAAGAGAACAUUUUAUCCAAGCAACAAACAACAAAUCAAAUAAAUAUAAAAGAUCAGAGACGAUCGUGGUGUCUGAGUUAAGCAAUCGUUUGUAAUUGCAGCGUCCCGUACGAAAUCAAUGCAACAGAAGUCAACAUAUGUAGUCGGGUGCGCGUGCACGCGACAAAUUCAUCAAUUGUGGACCAAACACAUUUUUUGUUUGCUUACGCAGAAUCACAUAGUUCAAAUUGAAUCAUUGGAUUUAUUUUAAAUUGAGCACGGCUCCUUCAUUGCUUUUAUCUCAAACUUUAGCAUUGAGUAUAUUCGUAACCAAACGUAUUUUGUGCAAAUCAUUUAAUUAAAAAAAAAAUCAAAAAAUAAAUUUGAAUUGUUCAAUGAGAAAAAGUCAAAUUCAAAAGAAGAAGAUGAAAAAAUGAAUUCGAAUGCCUCAUUGCUGGCUUUUAAUCAAAAUACGUGUUAUUAUUUCGAUUUAAUUAACAAUUCUUGCGGAUAUCAUAGUCAAAUCAAACAUUUUUCUUUCGUUUGCGGACAUUAUUGCUUUGAGAAUGUUUUGUGUUGACUGUUCAUUUCACGGUUUACAUUCCAAUAAACUGUAAAAUCGUGUUGUUUCGCAUAUUUUGUAAAUAUCCAGUUUGCGAGCAUUAAUAUGACCAGCUAAUACAACAUUUCAUUUUCGUAUGUUGUAUUUAUUAUCACACUAUCUCAAGUAUAUAACAUUCAAAUGUGCCAGUGUUUUUGAAAUAACAUCAACAUCAUUUCAAAAGCGAGCAAUAUUUGUUUUGUCAACAACAACAAAAAUCUCUAAACUUUAAAUAUUUUUUGAAACCUAAGUAAUUGUACUAUUGUAUUACUAACUAACUUACUAUUAAAAUGAAAAAAAAA